CAGAGGUGAGGCGAGAGGUUGAGCAAAGCAGCAGCUGUCUGAGGAGCUGGGCAAGCCAUCCAUGGCUGCCGCCCUGGGGGAGGACCUGGCCCAGGCCCCUGAUAUCCAGGAUGACUCCAGCUCCCUUGGCUCAGACUCAGAGCUCAAUGGGCCAGGACCCUACCGCAGGGCUGACCGCUAUGGCUUCAUUGGGGGCAGUGCCAAGCCCUCAGAGGCAGGCCCAGGGCAGCCCCCACUGGAGCUGAUCCGGCAACGAGAAAUGAAGUGGGUAGAGAUGACAUCUCACUGGGAGAAGACCAUGUCCAGGCGGGCCAAGAAGGUGAAGAUCCAGUGCCGGAAAGGGAUCCCAACUGCCCUUCGUGCCCGCUGCUGGCCUCUGCUCUGUGGGGCCCAAGGCCGACAGGCCCAAAACCCCAACACCUACCAGGAACUGGUCUCAGCCCCGGGAGACCCUCAGUGGCUGGAGGCGAUUGGGAGAGACUUGCAUCGCCAAUUCCCCCUACAUGAAAUGUUCCUGUCCCCCCAGGGUCAUGGGCAGCAAGGGCUUCUGAAUGUGCUUAAGGCCUAUACCCUGUACCGGCCUGAACAGGGCUACUGCCAGGCCCAGGGACCCGUGGCUGCUGUGCUGCUCAUGCAGAUGCCCCCUGAGGAGGCUUUCUGGUGUUUGGUGCAGAUCUGUGACUUCUACCUGCCAGGCUACUAUGGGCCCCGCAUGGAAGCCAUCCGGCUGGAUGCUGAGGUGUUCUCAGCCCUGCUGGGCAAGCUGUGUCCCCGGAUCCAUAAGCACCUACAGCAGCAGGGCGUGGGGCCCCUGCUCUACCUGCCCGAGUGGUUCCUCUGUCUCUUUGCCCGCUCCCUGCCCUUUGCCACCGUUCUGCGCAUCUGGGAUGCCUUCUUCAGCGAAGGGGUGAAGGUCCUGUUCCGGGUGGGGCUGACCCUCGUCCGCCUGGCCCUGGGCACAGCUGAGCAGCGCAAGGCCUGCCCUGGGCUGCUGGAGACACUGGAGACACUGCGUUCCAUCCCGCCAGCCCAGCUGCAGGAAGAGCUGUUCAUGGCCCAGGUUCAUGGAGUGGCUGUCUCGGAGCGAGAUCUGCAGCGAGAGAGUCUCACUCAGCUAGCCAAGCUCCAGAAGACUUCCCCUGAGCUACGGCUGAGGCCCCAAGACCGCCUGCCUGGGGCUCCGGCCAUUUUUGAGGCCCAGCAGCUGGCUGCAGCCAAGCCACCAGGCCAGGAGGUCCCCCGCAUUGUGGUGCACCCCCCAGAGGAGCCACGUGCCCGGAAGAAGCCACAGACCCGGGGCAAGACUUUCCACGGGAUGCUGACUCGAUCCCGGGGCCCCCAGACAGAGGGCCCCUCGAGGCCCCACCGGGCCUCCUCCUCCUUUCUGGACACGAGAUUCUGAGAGGCCUCCCUGGGGCGCUGGGAGAGAAAGGACUCCCUGGGAAGCUUUGGAGGACCUGGGUUUGAAUCCUAACUCCUCUAGCCUUGGCCACGCCCCUCCCUCUCCUAAAGUGACUGUGUUGGGCCUGGUCUAGGUCUCUUCCAUUCCUGUAUCUAGGACAUGAUAAAUCUGGGGAGGUCAUGGAUCUGAAUUCCACUUCCCUCUUGGGGAGAGAGUCUCCCUGCAUCCCUCCCCCACCCAGGCUUUGGAUCCCCAUUCAUGGCUCUUAGAGUCGUGUCUACAGCCUAGGGGCUGUCUUUGCUGGCCCAGGGGGCAGGCUGGGGAGGCCAAUCCUGGCCAGAAAGGGUCAGACCCCAGUUACUCCACUCUCCUCAUGGCCCCUCCAGAAUACACCAACCAGCAUCUUUCUGCUAGAGCCAACCUGUGUUUGCAUCUCUCAACACCUGUGGGGACCUGGCCCAGAAUUUGGCUCAAAGGCUCCAGCAGGAAAAGUGGGUUGAGCUGAACUUAAUUCUGGGGUUCUGACCUUGAGCACUCCACAGACAGCCAGGGGUCAUCACUCUGGCCUCGAAUCACUGGGUGAUGUGGGACAGGUCCCUUCUCCACUCCUGGUCUCAGUUUCCCCUUCUCUGCAAGUAGAGGGUUGGACCAGAUCAGCCCCUGACAUGGGAGGGCAAAGGCUCCCAGGAUUGGGCCACAUGAGGCCUUUCGGACACAUUGUAGGUGCUUAAUAAAGGCUGGG